AUGGAGUACACUCUCGGUGUGACGGGGGUGGAACUACUGUUGGAUUGGUCCACUGAGCGACAGCUUGAAGGCGGCUGGCAGGAGGUCGAGGUGUGUGAUUUUUCCAUCAUCUUAGCCAUCUGCACUUGCCUUCGAACCUCUCGAGGCAAAGGAUUUAUGACCGUUCAGAUCCCGCUCACGAGUGAACCGGCGGAGUCGGUUUCCAACUUGUUGCGCGAAAAGAUCAUCGCUUCAGAACCUCGGAAAACACUCUUCGCGUCGUACGCUGGUGUUGAACAAGUCGUGGCUAUGUCAGAUCAGGUGGAAUGGACCAUGGCAACCAUGUCCAACGCUGGCGGGGCAAUUCCAUUGUGGAUACAGCGGAGCUAG